AUGAACACCCAAAGGGAUUCCCUCGCCGUGGACACCCAAAGGGGUUCCCUCACCAUAAGCAUCCAAAGGGGUUCCCUCACCAUGAGCAUCCAAAGGGGUUCCCUCGUCCCCCGGGAUGUGGGUAGCCCGGGGAAAGACAUGCAGCUGCGGGUGAUCCCGGCUGAGGUGAAGUUCCUGGACACGAUGGCCGGGAGGGUGUACCGCCUCCCGAUUACUGUGCAUAACCUUGGCCGCUGGAACCAGAAAAUCCGAUUUAAGGAGCCCAUCAAGCCACAGUUCAAACUGAUAUUGACCAGUCUGGAUAAAGAACUUGCUUCUGGCCUUCAGAUGACAGCUAUGGUGGAAUAUCAUCCUGAUAAAGAUGAAGACACUUUUGACCGACUACUUAUUUCAAUAGAAAAUAAAACAACAGAAAUUCCUCUAAUUGGGUUGAUUCCAUCCUGUAAAUUGGAAAUUGAAUCAGUAGUUAAUUUUGGCACAUUGGUUGCCAAUAGUAAAGUGUAUUCUAAAGAGGUUACUAUCAAAAACCAUGGCAAAGCUCCAGGCAUAUUUAAGACAGAAUACUGCGGCCAAUUACCCAUCCUCAUUUUUCCAACUAGUGGUAUUGUGGAUGCUAAGUCAUCAGUGGUUAUUAAAGUAGAUUUCUGUGCAGACUACCCAAGAAUUGUAGAUGAAGAGGCAAUAGUGAUUUUGCAAGGUCAACCUGAGAUGCUCUUGAGUAUCAAAGCUCAUGUGGUUGAGCAGAUUAUUGAAUUAUUAAACAUGAGUAGAGACAGAAGGCUGGAAUACAUACAUUUUGGUCCUGUUUUCUUCGGAUCAUCAAAAAUUAAACAUGCACGUAUACACAAUAAUAGCCCAGAGCCCAUAAAUUGGGUGGCCAUAAUACAAGAUGAUGCCGUGGGAGAAGAAAUGGGUACAGAUACUCGACAAAGAACAGAUAUUGCUUUAAAUAAUCUCACCUACAUAAGAAAAAUAAAGAACAUAGAUACUACUACCAUUAUCUCCUGUCUUCCUAAUGAAGGGACUUUACAACCUUAUCAAAAGACUGUAAUUACAUUUUGUUUCACCCCAAAGCUAAUGGCUGAUGGUAAAAAGGAUAUUGGACCUUCAUACAGGCAGGACUAUGCUCUCUUUUUGAGAUUUGAGUCCGUAGGAAGUAAAGAUGGAUUUUUGAGAGAUGAUGACUGUAAAACCAUCAAAAGUGAACGAUUUCAGAAAAUGGAACUAGCACUGACAGGCACAGGACUUCCUGUUUUACUACAGUUUGAUCCAGGACCAGUUCUUAAUUUUAAACCUUGUUUCAUGGGUGAACGUUCAGAAAUUCAGUGUAUCUUAAAAAAUCAAUGUGAAUUACUUCCUCUGACGUACCGCUUUGAAAAAACUGCAAAUUUUAAAAUUGAUCCUGAAAAGGGCGAGAUUAAUGAAGGGGGUAUGGUGGAUGUGAUGUGUUCAUUUGUUCCACAUCAACUUGGAGUCUUCAAAGUGAAGCAGAAGAUAGAGAUUAUUGGUUUAGUGGCAGAAGAAGAUUUGCAGUCUUUAUCGAUAAAACCUUUCCAUCACGUAUAUUUAAAGUUCAACAGCAUCUGCAAAGCUUUGACCAAGAAAGUUGUGAUGAAAUUUGAUGCUGGUAUGUUGCCUUUGAUCCGUAAUCCCAUGGGAAAUUUUGUGGUCAAAGACUUCGCAAAACGCAAGAGUUAUGCACCUGUUGCAAUGCUUCCAUCAGCCACGACAUGCACUCACAAUCAUCGCUCAUGUGAAGAGCCGGUGAAGGAUGUGCUGUUAGCCUUUCCCAAUGACCGAGCUGCAACUAUCAGGUCUAAAGACCACGAUAAACAUUUCAGGCCAAUUUUCACAAAAGUUCCAAGAUUUGACUAUGUGAAUCCUGAUUAUGCAUAUACUACACUUGAAAAACAGCAAAAGAAAUUACAUGAAAACUAUUAUGCAAUGUAUCUUAAAUAUUUAAGAAGUGCGCGCUUGCAGAAGAAACAAGCAGAGAGGGAGCACAUGUAUUCAUAUGAUGAUACAGACAUAGGCUUAGAGCCAGGAUCAGGUCUAAAGUCACCCUCACUCUCAGAAGCGGAAAUAAAAGAGGAGCUGUCUUCAGCAGCGAAUUCAAUCAGAGCUAAUAGAUUGUUAACCACUAGGAGUAUAGCAUCCCAGGAGGAAGAGUCCCUGAGAAGAAAGGUUCACAAGGGACUUAAAUCAGAACCAUCCACACCACAGGAAAAACGUGAUUGCAGCUUAAUUUUGACACCAAAGCAAAUUCAUCAAGUAAUUGUUGGGCCUUCUGUCCUUAACUUCGGUAAUAUUUGUGUGAACUCUCCAAAUACUCGUCUACUUCAUGUUGUUAAUAUGCUACCUAUGCAUGUUUUGCUCCAGUUAGAUACUGCUUUAGAAGAACUUCGGAAGACCAACCAAUUUUCAUAUGUGAUUCCACCUACAUCCAGUACUUAUAUUUCGAUGGUAUUUGAAUCUCCCACUGUUGGAAAAUUUUGGAAGUCUUUCACCUUUACAGUGAACAACGUACCCAGUGGACACAUCCUAGUGAUGGCAGUUGUCCAGCUAGUAACACUUGAGCUAUCUUCUAAUGAGCUAGUAUUAAGACCACGAGGCUUCUUCAUGAAAACAUGUUUUCGGGGGACAGUUAGAUUGUAUAAUCAUCAGAAUCAUGGUGCUCAGUUUCAAUGGCAACCCGUAAACACAGGAAGAGGGAUAGCAUUUUCUAUUUGUCCAGCUAAAGGCAAUGUUGAAGCGUACUCCUCACUGGAAUGUGAAGUAACGUGGCAGCUGGGCUUCAAUUCUCCAGAAAAAGGAGAAUUUAUUCUUCAUGUCUUUCAAGGAAAUGCAUUGAAGCUAAAAUGUGUUGCACAUCUUGGUCGCACCAAAGUAUUACUUUUGCAGCCAAGGAUACUCUUUAGUAAUUGCCCUCAAGGUUUAACAACUUGGAGGAAAGCCAUUCUUCAAAAUGUAGGACAAAACCAUGCUUAUUUCAAGGUUUGUACUCAGAGUCUUUUGCCUACCAUUAAUAUUAUUCCAUCGCAAGGAAUAGUUCCAUUUGGGGGAAUAACUGCUCUCAAUAUCUCCUGUAAACCCACUGUGGCAGAAAAGUUUGAUACAAGAGCAAAGGUUGCUAUUCGUCAUGCGAAUGUUAUAGACCUUAGGAUUGGUGGAUCUGCUGAAAUUGCUGAUGUGGAAAUCGAUCCUGAUGUAUUUAAUUUCAGUGGCGCCUAUAUUGGUGGUACGCAGAUUAUUCCAUUUGUAAUAAAAAACAAAGGUAUAACACGUGCCAGAGUGGAGUUUAAUCUAAAAGACUUUCCAGAUUUUUCAAUGGAUCUUAAAGACAAAUCAGAAGAAUUUAAAGACCCUGCAGUUCCUUAUAUAUAUUCUUUGGAAUUAGAGGAAAACACAUCUCUGGAAUGUGGCAUAACAUUUUCUCCCAAACAAGUGACAAUAGUUAAAUUUAUCAUUCAAGUUCAGAUUAAUUUCUUUGAGUCUUCAAAGCUCUACACUAAAUAUUUGUCCAGUUCUCCUUCGAAUCCAAAAACGGUGCCACUGAUCCGACCAUGUUAUGUUCAAGCUACUGCAUUGCAAUCACCAUUGAACUUAUCUAGUACUAAGUUUGUAUUUGAAAUCCCUUUACAUGAGAUGAAUCCUAAUAAUAAGGUCACAAAAACUCAGAAUCUUGUUUUAUAUAAUAUUACCAAACACGAUGUGACAUGGACUUUGGAUCUUAGUAAUACUGGCAAACUUUUCAAAGAUGGCACAUUCAAGUUCAGUGUACUGAAUGGGAUUAUACGACCAAAUGCAAAGUAUAAUGUUUCCAUAAAUUUCUGUCCAAAUUGUCCUGGAAGAUACACAGCAGAUAUUCCUAUGUUUUUGAAUGAUAUUCCUGUUUGCUAUAAAAUGUUAUGUCUUACUGGAGAAGUAAAAUCACCAGAAUUAUUGUUUGACCCUCCAUUUAUAUUUUUCACUCCUGUUCCUUUGGAUGUAACAACUAUGAUGGAUAUUAACAUUUUACCUCAAAACUAUUUCAGAAAUUCAACUGUAUGUGUCCAGAUUCCCACAGUAAGGCUUCUUGAUGGCGAGGAGAUUCACCCUCUUUCCGUGAAAUUUCCAAAAGGCAGAGUCAUCCCAGGCUCUCACAGUGGAAUUAAUAAUAAGCUCACUUGCCACCUCAGUUUCAAGUCAUCUAAACCUGUGUCAUUUUUUACCGAUCUUCUUUUCUGUGAUGACAGAAAAAACUGGCGUCCCAUUUCUGAUCUCAUUGAGAUAAAUCAGCUUUGGGUGGCAAAUAUACAUUCAGAGAAGCGCAUUUUACUUAGCUAAGAGAGUAUAUCUUAUAUUCUCACUACGCACAUAUACACAAAAUAGUGUGAAACAGAUGUUAUCCCUUCUGAGAGAUGGAUAGUAAAUUUUGAUGAAGAUCUUUCAGAUGGUCUUGUUUUUGCAACACAAUUGGGAGCCUAUUGCCCAUUCUUGAUUGAGUCUCAUUUUAUAAAUAUGUACACACGGCCAAAAAGUCCUGAAGAGUAUCUGCACAAUUGCCUGAUUAUUAUAAAUACUCUUUAUGAAAUUGACUUUGACAUGGAAAUACAGGCCACAGACAUCUGUGACCCAAAUCCAAUCCUGAUGCUCAUGCUUUGUGUCUACAUGUAUGAAAGACUCCCUACAUAUCUUCCUAAGAAGGUGGUGCCCUUUGAUUGUGCUCUACAUGACACGGCGCUGAAUAAGAUUCUACUGAAAAAUUCCAGCUCGCAAAACUUAGUGUAUAAUGCUAGAAUUGUUGGAAGAGAUGCUGCUGACUUCUCCCUCUCCCAAAAAGGGAAUGUUGUGACAAUUUCUCCAAGAAACGAAAUUAAUGUCACUCUGAAAUUCACCAGUCGCUUUCUUUGUCCUGCUGAAGCUUCACUACUAUUAAUUUCAAAACCCAAGAAUGCAAUAAGAGGAAUUACGAUGACUUUUGCUCUUAAAGGCAAAGUCCUCGAUUUUAAAGACAUUGACAUUAUAAAAUGUGAAAGCCCGUGUUAUCAAUUUCAUGAAUUCACUGUGAAUGUGAAAAGCCCCUUCCAUACUGCUGGGGACUUCAAUGUUAUUUUGGUGGAAUCCUCAACAUUUGUCUCUUUGCCAUCAAAGUUAACUGAAUCCAGGCAAUACCCAAAACAUGAUGAUGACAUCAGUAGCAGUGGGAGUGACACUGAUCAGGGCUGUUGUGAUUCCCCAAAUCUCUUACAUACCUCAAUUAAGUCCACUUUUAUCAGAGAGUUCUUCUGCUCCAUGAAUACUGUUCACCUGGGAGUGAAAGGAACUUCAAGCCUAGAGCUCCGCUUUCUUCCCUUUAACAUGCACGUGCGCUACUGUGUCAUCAUCUUGAGCAACAAAAAGAUUGGACAAUUAGUAUAUGUUGCAGAAGGAAAAGGUAUGACCCCCUUGCCUUCCAGUUGCCUUCCAAUGAAUCCUUCUUCAAGUCCAGUUUAUUACAGCAGUACUCGAGAAGAAGGGCCUAAUAAGAAAUACCCAGUUCUAUAUUUUAAUUGCAAACUCCAUCAAAUCCAGUAUAUGGACCUUAAAUUGCCAAUGACUAAUGAAGCCAAGGAAAAGGCUUUGGCUUUUGCAGCACAGCAAGAGAUGUCGAGUAUUGAGUAUGAGCGAAGGUUGAUCACAGGCACUCUGGAGAGCAGUAGUAUCCGUGUGGCCAUUGCCCUCCUGGGACUGACCAAGAUCGAGACUCUUAUGCUCUUUCAUAUCUCAAAGUUGAGGAAGCCUAAGACCGUUUCAUACACAACAGAAGUGAGCCUUCCAGAAUAUUUUUAUAUCCCCGAGAAAAUCUACAUUCCUCAGAUUCCAGAACCUCGAGUAAUUAAACUUUCAAAAGCAAAAGCUUCAGAUGGAUCUGUACCACUUCCUUUGCAAUUUCUUCCUCUCCAUCCUGGACGCUACCCUUGUAAAAUUUUAUUGAAAUCAAGGUAUGAUGUGCGUGCCUAUUAUGUUGAAGGUAUUGUGAAUGAAGAACAACCAGAGGCCACAUUUGAGUUUGAAACACCAGCAUUUGAAGCCCUUACUCAGAAUAUUCCAGUAAAAAAUCAAACAAAUGAUAAAUGUACAUUUCAAGUUACUAUAGAAGGAGAAUGGUUUUAUGGACCUCUUGAUUUACAUGUUGGACCAGGUGAAAUUGUGCAGUAUCCUCUCACAUUCAAACCUAUUUUUGAAUGUGUCAUUACGGGUAAACUUAUUCUACAAAAUGAAGUAGAUGGUAUGGAGCACAUCUUUGACAUAAAAGGGGUUGGAAAAAAACCUUCAGCCUUGGAACACAUUACUGUGGAAUGUCAAGUGGGGAAUGUGACACAAAAACAUAUAACAUUGCCUAAUUUGACAAAUACUGCCCUAACAUUUAAGGUAACUGCAGAUCUUCCGAUAGUGUGGGGAAAUCCACAAAUUACCGUAUACCCUUAUAAAGAAAUUCUAUACCUGAUUAAUGUGUGCCCUUGGAAACGUGGUAUAUUGAAAGGUACAGUUACAUUUUCUACUAUAAGAAGGAAAUGUGAUGAUUGUGAGGACGACACAGAUCAAGAUCAAGCACUCUCCUGUCUUGAUUCAAUAACAGAACAAUCUAGCAUUUUUUAUGAUGCAGACACGUAUGAUCAUUUUAACAAUUUAAGAUUCUGGUAUAAUCUUGAGAUCCAUAGCACUCCUGGACCACCCAUAGACAUUAUGGAACUGACAUGUAUUGCUCUGGACAGCACUUGCAUUGAAAUACCUCUCUCUAAUCCAAAAGAUAGAGCUCUUCACUUAGAUGUGCAGUUAACGAGUGCUGCCUUUAAUGGUGAUAAUGAAAUUAUCCUGAGUCCACUACAGUGCACCACAUAUAUUGUAUGGUAUUCUCCAGCAACUGCAGGCUAUAGCAAUGAAAGCAUUAUUUUUCAGCCUGAAAUGGCUGAAGAGUUCUGGUAUUUACUGAAAUUAACUAUUGAAUUACCAAAACCAACCACAAUGCCAGAAAUACAGUGCGACCUUGGCAAACAUGUCACUCAGAUCAUUCCCUUGGUUAAUCAUACACAUGAAACCUUAAUAUUGCACGCAACAAACAGUAAUCCUGAAAAUUUUGUCCUGGAUAUUAACGGAACAUCACAACUGAUCAUUUCUCCUCACUCCACCACAGACGUACCUGUUCUCUUUUAUCCUUCUGCACUUGGAAGAGCUGAUCAUCAAGCUUGCAUCAACUUCUACUGUACUCAGUUUACAGAAUGGAAAUUCUACUUAUCUGGAGUAGGACUGUUUCCCCAGCCUCUAGACACGAAAAGAAUAACCACAUGCAUUGGUCUUCAGUCAUCUAUUGUUAUACCUUUCAAAAAUCCCACAACGGAAGAUGUCCUCAUUGAUAUCAAACUGACAAGUGUGGAAUAUCCCAGGAAUCUUGUCAUUGAUCAGUCCUGGAAUAGCUUCAUCUAUGAGAGUCCUGCCUUCACAUUUAGUUCUGUGAGUGAAAUACAAGGAACUACACUGCCUCCUAAAGGAAAUGUAGAUAUCUCAUUGUUAUUUAUACCCAAAAUUAUGAAAUUACACAAAACAAUGGUUAUUAUUGAGAUGACAAAAGCAAAUGGAAAAUAUUGGCCUGUUGACAAUUUUGAUGAGUUGGAUGUAGAAUUUAAAAGUAUUAUGGGAAUCAACAGCAAAGAAAUCCAAGCAAUACACUGGAGAUACCCUAUUGUUGGACUCCCACUAGCACCACCUCCUAAAUCUCCUCCAAUUGUCAUACAAUGUCAGUCGAGGAAGCGGGUAGAAGAGAAGGUGGAAAUCAUACUGAAUGCUAGUUUUUUCGGACUUAGUCCUACUCCAGAACUGACAGAAGUUUUAGUGAUUCCAAGAAGAACUUCACAUUCUUUUUGUGAGGAUCCCAAUGAAACUCCUAAAAUACAUGAAUUUGAGUAUGAAAUUCAAUUUGAAUCUGAAGCUAUGAAGUCUAAGUUGGAAUCCUGUGUAGCUGUAUAUUUGAUUGAUAAAUCUUAUGAUGUUACGGCUGAAAGGAUAACAUUUAUCUUCAAUCUGGUAUUCACACCAAAGAAACCAUUAAGGUCUCACAUAACACUGAAAAUACAGUGCAUAACAGAAGGGAUCUGGAAGUUUCCCAUGAUGCUGAUUGCUACUGAGCCUGAUACGGAUGCUGUCAUUGACAUUGAAGGAGUUGGUUUAUUUAAGGAAUCUGUUUUUGAAUUAAGGCUGAAAAGUCAGACAAGAAAUCCUGAACCAUUCACUGCACACUUCCUACCGGGCAGUGAUCUGGAGUUUUUUGUAAAACCUCAGGCUGGAGAACUUCUUCCUUGUAACACAAACGGAACUCUCAUCACUGUAGGAUUUAAACCUAAAAUGUACUGUAGGAAAUAUAAAGCAACAUUAGUAAUACAGACAGAAGAAAUGUACUGGAUAUAUGAGAUCAAUGGAUUAUCUCCAACUACCGUGGCACCGAAAAAUGCAAAAUCCAAAAUUGAUGCUACUCACAAGACACAUGACAACGUGCCAGUCCAUCCACGUAAUUUUGUCCGUGAAAAUGCUAAACUCAUAAGAACGGGGGUGUCUUCCACCAUCAAAGGUGCUCCUUUGGUGAUGAAGAAUCAAUAA